AAUAGUUUUUAGUCAAUUCUCAAAUAGUUUACGGAACACUGUUCGAGUGGACUUACUGCCCUACAUGUUUAGAGUUAAUUCAAUUAAUAACAUGUGUAGUUGGUGAACAUAGAGGCCGGGUAUCAUAUAUAUAACACAUGGAGGAGGAGUUAUAAAGCGUUAUAACGGAAGCUUUCAUCAGCCGCGGGUUCUGGUCCGAUGACAGAUCCUUCCCACGGUAACACAGCGGACAUGGCCGCGUCCACCGGAGGAUCAUCCACCGCGGGCAUCCAGGGGUUCCCCAUCAUAACCGGCAGACCCCCGGAGGACAGCCCCGGUAAGGACUCGGAGCAGACCGGAGAACCGAAGAAAAAGCCGUGCAGGGCUUGUACCGACUUCAAGUCAUGGAUGAAGGUCCAGAAAACGCCACAGAUCCCAGCAGUAGCGCCACAGGCGGCCCAGGCUGAGCAUGUGGAGCCCCAGCGGCAGCCGGAGUGUCCGCUGGACAGGGAAGAGUUAGGGCGUAACACCUGGUCCUUCCUGCACACCAUGGCAGCUUACUACCCAGACCGGCCCUCCCCCAGACAGCAGACAGACAUGGGACAGUUCAUCAACCUCUUCUCUAAGGUCUUCCCCUGCGAGGAGUGUGCUGAGGACCUGCGGACAAGGCUGAAGACCAAUCAGCCCGACGCCAGUAGUCGCCACGCCCUCUCCCAGUGGCUGUGUGGCGUCCAUAACGACGUCAACGCUCGGCUGGGGAAGCAGCAGUUUGACUGUUCCCGCGUGGAUGAGAGGUGGAGGGACGGUUGGAAAGAUGGCAGCUGUGACUGAUCAAUCUGUUGAUUCAUUACCUGGGAACUAAGAGAUACAGAAACACGUCUAUUGACAUCCUGUUUCCUGUAUGGUACCGUUUAGGGAACUGUAUGGCAUCUGAGACAGAGACUAUGUUCUGUGUUCUGAUUGGCUACGGAUCUCUCUGCUCUGCCCAGAUCUACAUGAUGGCUCACUAUCAAUCUGUUGUCCAGUGUCUUCAGAAAGUAUUCAGACCCCUGGACUUAUUCUAAAUUUUGUUGUGUUACUGCCUGAAUUCAACAUGGAUUACAUUGUUGUUUUUCCUUCCUCACCCAUCUACACAUAAUACCCCAUACUGACAUCACAAUACCCCAUAAUGACAUCACAAUACCCCAUAAUGACAUCACAAUACCCCAUACUGACAUC